CUGGCCCAUAUCAGCCCAAACAAGGAGAAAAAGAGUCGCGGCGGCGGCGGCGACACCCUCCAAAACCCAAUCAGCAAUGGCGACGGGCGGCGGCGGCGAGGGCGAGGGCGAGUUCUACCUGCGGUACUACGUGGGCCACAAGGGCAAGUUCGGGCACGAGUUCCUCGAGUUCGAGUUCCGCCCCGACGGCAAGCUCCGCUACGCCAACAACUCCAACUACAAGAACGACACCAUGAUCCGCAAGGAGGUCUUCGUCUCCCCCUCCGUCCUCCGCGAGGCAAGGCGAAUCAUCCACGAGUCCGAGAUUAUGAAGGAGGACGACAGCAACUGGCCCGAGCCCGACCGCAUCGGCAGGCAGGAGCUCGAGAUCGUCAUGGGCAACGAGCACAUCUCAUUCACCACCUCCAAGAUCGGAUCCCUCGUCGACGUCCAGACCAGCAAGGACCCUGAGGGCCUACGCAUCUUCUACUACCUCGUCCAGGAUCUGAAGUGUUUCGUGUUUUCACUUAUCAACCUCCACUUUAAGAUCAAACCUAUUCAGUCAUGAGCUCCAUUGCGUUCCUAAUUGUGUUAUCAUGCUGCAAGGUGUUAGGAAGUCCUGUAUCAUGUAAGCUCUAGUGAGUUUCUGAUGAGUGUGGAAGACUGGGUAAAAUCUUUUGAGUUUGUCUGGGAUUUUUGUUGGAUUGUGCAUACUGCGGGUAAUGAUAUUUAUGCUUGUUUAGUUCUCUGUUA